GAGAGACUUGUGAUGAGAUCAACGUGUUAUUCGUGGUUUUUAUAUCUCUUUUUCAGCCUGUCCUGGCCCGGUGGUUUCAUCUCAUCACGAUGGUUCUGGUUCUCCAUAAGUGGUUACAAAUUUUCUCGCCAUUAAUGAGUUGUGGCUCUCCAUUUGGUGGUUUUGUGUCACCAUUUGUGGGUUUUGUUGGUUUUUGCAUUUGGGUGUGCUUUAUUUUUUUUUUGAUACAAAGAUAUUCUUGUGGAAAAGAAACCCCCCUACAUUCCAGAAAUAGAUGAUCCUUCAUAUACUAACUUAAUGGGAAAUAGAGAUAUUCCUAAUGGAUAUGAGGUAUUGAUUGAGAAUCUUAUGGAUCCUGCUCAUGUUCCUUAUGCACAUUAUGGAGUAAAGGAAAAUCUACCAUCCAAAAACACGGAGGCUGAUAGAGAGGGGUGCACACCGAUUGAAUUUAAGAUUGAAAAGUUGGACGGCAAUGGGUUCAAUAUAGUACAGUUUCAGGAAUGGAGCAGAUGCACAUUUAUUGCCCCAUACCUGGUUUAUGCAUCUCUUAAGCCUGAGGAUCAAGCUAAUGGAUCUGAAUCAUCAGCUGGAACCAGAAAGGAUACAUCUGUGCAGAAGGAAUUUUUUUAAAAUUUUUUUUCCAUUCCAGUUAGUCCAGGGAGUAGCAGAUUGAUAUGGAUCUUCCCAAGAAACUAUGGUCAUUGAAUUAAUAAAGUUGUGCCACGAUGGAUAUUUCAUAAGGAACAAAACCUAGUUAUAGACUCUGAUUUAUAUCUUCUACACA